CUCAUCAAAGAAACAAGUCUCGACCAACUGCACCUACUUCAGAAUCACCUGCUGUUAUUACUUCUGGAACUAACUCUAGACAAACUACACCAGCCACUUCUAAAAAAAGUACUUCAAGUUUACCAAACAGAAAUGUUGACGAUACAGAAGUUGUUCAGUUACAGGCACGAAUUGUUGAAUUACAAAAAGACAACCAGAAGUUACAAAGUCAAAAUGCAGCACUUUCCGGAGAGUUAGACAAACUGUGCCAGGAAAAUGAAGCUUUAAUUUUUAUUAAUGGGGAAUUCGGAAAGGAAUAG